GCCAAUGACGGAGGGCGGAGGAUGACGCUGUGGACAUGGCCGCUGCAAGCUACCGGCAGGGGGACGUGUCGGGCUGCGGAGUAACUUCAGCUGGGGCCCAGAGAGCGAAGCAGCUGCUUUAAUUAGUUUUUAUACCCACCGGGCGGCGCCGCAGGCCCUAGGGGAGAGCGAGUCUCGCGGCCAUGGCUUAUCACUCAGGCUACGGAGCCCACGGCUCCAAGCACAGGGCUCCGGCAGCUCCAGACCCACCUCCCCUCUUCGAUGACACAAGUGGUGGUUAUUCCAGCCAGCCUGGGGUAUACCCUGCUUCAGGAGGAGACCUUGCCUUCAAUGUCAACCACUUGCUUGGGGACCCAAUGGCCAAUGUGGCUAUGGCCUAUGGCAGCUCCAUCGCAUCCCAUGGGAAGGACAUGGUGCACAAGGAGCUACACCGUUUUGUGUCUGUGAACAAACUCAAGUAUUUUUUUGCUGUGGAUACAGCCUACGUGGCCAAGAAGCUAGGGCUCCUGGUCUUUCCCUACACACACCAGAACUGGGAAGUGCAGUACAGCCGUGAUGUGCCUCUGCCUCCUCGGCAAGACCUCAACGCCCCUGACCUCUAUAUCCCCACAAUGGCCUUCAUCACCUACGUGCUGCUGGCUGGGAUGGCACUGGGCAUUCAGAAAAGGUUCUCCCCGGAGGUACUGGGCCUGUGCGCAAGCACAGCACUGGUGUGGGUGGUGAUGGAGGUGCUGGCUCUGCUCCUGGGCCUCUACCUAGCCACCGUGCGCAGUGACCUGAGCACCUUCCACCUGCUGGCCUACAGCGGCUACAAAUAUGUGGGAAUGAUCCUCAGUGUGCUUACGGGGCUGCUGCUUGGCAGCAGUGGCUACUAUGUGGUGCUGGCCUGGACUUCUUCUGCACUCAUGUACUUCAUUGUGAGUCUGGGGCUGCCCCCCAUCCCUCUGCCUGGGGUCAGAGCCUGGGACAGACCUCCCUCUCCAGGCCUGGCCUCAACUCUCCUUUCUUCCAGGUGCGCUCUUUGCGGACAGCAGUCUUGGGUCCUGACAGCAUGGGGGGCUCGGUACCCCGGCAGCACCUCCAGCUGUACCUGACUCUGGGAGCUGCAGCCUUUCAGCCUCUCAUUAUAUACUGGCUGACUUUCCACCUAGUUCGGUGACCCCCAGCCCCAGAAGGCACUGAUUUUUCCAUACAUUGAAGAUGUGAUUUCCUUGA